AUGAAGGUGUUCCCUCUUCUCAGCGUUCUUGCCGCAGUUGGGCAUGCCUCUGCAGGCGCGGUCUUUGCGCACUUCAUGGUUGGCAAUGCCAACAACUACACCCUUGCCGACUGGCAAACCGACAUCCGCCUCGCGGUAGAGGCGAAACUCGACGCCUUCGCCCUGAACAUCGCGUACGGCGACGACAGCAUCGCUGACUCAGUUUCACUGGCGUUCCAAGCGGCGCAGGGCUCUGGCCUGUCCCUAUUUUUCUCCUUCGACUAUGCCGGCGGGACUGGGCCCUGGCCCAAGGACGUGGUGAUCAGCUAUGGAACGCAGUACUUCAAUAACGCGGCGUAUUACAAGUACAACGGCCAGCCGUUUGUCUCGACCUUUGAGGGGCCUGGGCAAGCUGCAGACUGGACGGAGAUCAAGUUGACGACAGGAUGCUUCUUCGUGCCGGACUGGUCAUCCCUUGGUGCGAAGGCGGCGCUUGAGGCUGGUGGCGGCGACGUUGUCGAUGGGCUGUUCAACUGGGCUGCUUGGCCAUGGGGCACCCGGAGCAUUGACACCUAUACUGACGGGUCGUACUAUAAUUACAUGGACAAGAACAUAUCUUCCCCUGAUCCUGGCACCGGACUGCCGUAUAUGAUGGCGGUGUCGCCAUGGUUCUACACCAACUUGCCUGGGUAUAACAAGAACUGGUGCUGGAAGGGCGACGACCUUUGGUAUGAGCGGUGGAUGGAAGUCAUAUACACCCUGCCUGAGUUUGUUGAAAUCAUCUCCUGGAAUGACUAUGGCGAGAGCCACUACAUCGGACCUCUAUACGAAUAUGCUUAUGAGGCCCCGAUGGGCAUUGGCAAGGCCCCAAUCAACUAUGUCCAAGGCAUGCCGCACGACGGCUGGCGCAAGUUUCUCCCCUGGGUCAUUGAGUCAUAUAAGAACGGCAUGCCAUCCAUCACGCAGGAGGGACUGGUCGGCUGGUAUCGUACAUCGCCCGGCCAGUCGUGCGGCACAGGCGACACAACGGGAAACACGGCCUCCCAGCUGCAGGUCGAAUUCGAGCCGUACGAGGUCAUGGAGGAUAAGAUCUUCUACACGGCUCUCCUUGCGUCAGACGCCACGGUCACGGUGUCGAUUGGCGGCGCGGCACAAACGGGCUCCUGGACGUGGACUCCGGAUGGAGGCAUCGGUCUCUACCACGGCAGCGUCCCCUUCAACGGCGUCGGAGACGUGGUGAUCACGCUCUCGCGAGGCGGCGCCGUCAUCGCAGAGAUAUCCGGCGGCCCAGCAAUCUCCAACACCUGCACCACCGGGCUGAGCAACUGGAACGCCUGGGUCGGCGAGGCGGACGGCCCCAGCAUGGCCGCGGCCACCCCGGCGCUGACCCGCAGCGAACAGGCCUGCAUCCAAGGCACGGGCGUCAAUAAUUUCGCCGGAAUCUGCCAAUACUCCUGCCAGUACGGCUACUGCCCGAUUUCAGCCUGUGUGUGUCAAGCCGUUGGCGCGCCCGUUGCCGGUCCGUCCGCCACUAGCCCCGUGGGAUACCCCAUUGCCGGCGAGGAUGCGAGCUACUCUGGUGUAUGUGCCUUUGACUGCGAGAGAGGCUAUUGCCCCGAUACCGCGUGCUCGACUGUCUCUGCCCCGUUGAGCACCCCGACAGUCUCGGACUUUACCCCGCCCGCGUGCGUUAGAGGUCAUGUAUUGUCAACUGUGACGGACGGGCUAAAGGGUCUGUGCGACUUCGCCUGUGGGCGCGGGUUCUGUCCAAUACGUGCGUGCGAGUGCGAUGCUCAAGGAGCCCUGGUUGACUCCAGCAGUCUGUACGUGGAUGUCACGGCCACCCCGAUAGACGGACUGGAGGACUGGGGGCUUUGCGCAUGGAGCUGCCAGCACGGCUAUUGCCCGUCUGAGGUCUGCAACAAUGGCACCACCAGUGGCGGUUCUGGAGAUGGCUCAGGCUCAGGCUCAGGAACAGGGGGAGAUACAGGCAUCGUCUACGUCGACCCGGGCGUCUGGCUUGAGCCCUCGCCGACUGUGGGCUGCGAGCCGCCAUGCACGCUUCUCCUGCCACCCAUCUCCCUGGCCACCCCCGUUACCGUGACCUGGCCGGCCUAUGACAUUGGUAUCUACUCGUCCAGCGGCUCGCGGACCAUCACCGUCACGACGAUAAUCACCCUCGACCCCUUCACCGUGUCGGAGGUGCCCUUCUGGCCAGUCACGAUUGGCACAGCAGAUGGAAGCACCGGCAUCAUCACCCCAGUUCAGAGUAUCAUGCCGCCCGCCGCAUCCAUCAGCCUCGCCCCUGACCAGGCCACAAUCAGUGUGGGCAUAGCGCCGCGGGACCCGGCAGAGACCGCCACGACCAGGAACUACACGGGCGGUGCGCCGGGGAUUCCUGUGGUCCCUUUGGGUGUGACGGCGGGUGCGGGAUCUUUGGUUGUGGCGGGUGGGGAUGCAGCCUUCUGGGCUGUACGGGGCCCUUUUGGAGCGAUGAUGGCUGUGGGCCGGCCGGCUGUGGCUGCACUGGACUUGGCUGCGUGGACGGCGGCCACGACGGCAACCGACGGCGGCGACGAUGGCAGCGACGGCGGCGACGAUGGCAGCGACGGCGGCGACGAUGGCAGCGACGGCGGCGACGAUGGCGAUGAGAGCUGCGAGGCAACCAAGACAGUCACAUCAUGCGGGGUGCUUUGCACAGCGACAGCAGCCUUUACAACAACCUACACCGGCGAGUGCUCGACAACAAGCUGCGCAACAACCAGCUGUGGCGUGGACACAACAGUGACCAAGACGACGACGACGACAAUCGAAAACUUCGCGACGCUGACGGCAGAAGCCACCGAUUACAUCUGGACGCCGGACACAACGGACGCGUUUGCGACCACCGUCUGGCUCGAUUGGCUCAGUUGGUCGUCUGCGGAGGACGCGGCUGCUUCGGCCACGGCCACGGCAACAGCCACGCCCACACCCACCCGCGGCGUCCAGAUCUGGUGGUACCUCGACGAGCACGAGACCGACAACAACAGAUGGUUGCUGUACGAGUACAGCGGUAAAUCAGGCUCAAAUACCAAGAGAUGCCCUGAACUCUACCCACCGGAUUUCAGCAUGAGGGGGACGGGCCCGCAGAUGAACAGCGAGAUCUCGGGCUUCGAGGCGUAUGGCGCGACCUGUACGUAUGAGCCUACGACUGGGACCGAUGCGGUGGGCAAGUUCGUUUGCACAGGGUUGGAUGAUGCGCUGUGCUAUACGACCAGUGGGUAUGGAGGGACGUGUGCGGAGGGGUGGUUGUCGACGGAGGAGGUGAGGGAUUACCUCAGGGGUCUCGCAACAAGAUGUCCAUCCGGUAACAAACAGGAGAAUGGCACUUGGGGCGAUUGGAAUAUACACCGACUUGGGUGUCUUCGUCGCGUACCGGUACUUGAGAAGCUGAGGUCACCUCCUCUCUUCCACUUUAGGCACGACCUUCGAUCCGCAUCGUCCAAGUAUUCCAGACCGUUCGUUUCCAGAGUAUUAUGGCUGGAUGGGAAGAAUCCGAACUCGUCUGAGGCAACAGUCGAGAUUCGCACUACCGGUGGCCGAGGCGGGCACGAGGAGGUGCAAUUGUACAUUCAAGACGUCGAGUGUGUAGCGGCACGGCCGGGGGAAGAGUUGGAAGCCUUCAACAGCGUCUGGAUUCUCCGCGGCGAAACAGCUGUGGUGCGGCUGACGCUGGACAAGGACGCGGUUUCGUACUGGGACGAGACGGAUGCAUGGCUGGCAAAAAAGGCAAAGUUCAGCGGACUAUCUCUAAGAUACUGGCCCCAGAGGAAACGGGCCGGAUAUACUGUUUUUCCGGCCAAGUUGGCCAUGUUUUAA